AUGCUGUGUGCUCCUCUGGGUGAUGAAUCCAGACAGGAUGCUUUUAGGUUUUAUAAUAAUGAGAAUUUUAACUAUCUACCUUAUCACGAAGAUAUCAGAGGGAAGAGGGAAAGUCCAGUUCCUGUGGAGGAGCAGCUGUCCAGCUGUGCUCUGUGUCAAGACGUCCUAAAGGAUCCAAUUCUCAGAAGCGUUUUCAUUAUUCUCACGUUUCCUUCUCUUUCAGCAGAACGUGGUCUGCAGGAGGUUUUAGAUGAACAUAGGCUCAGUCUGAGGAGGAGAUGUGAACGUGUGACUGAAGGAACUGAUGAAAGUGAAACCCUCCUCAACAGGAUCUUCACUGAGCUCUACAUCACACAAGGACAGAGUGAAGAGGUUAAUACCCAACAUGAGGUAAGGCAGCUUGAGACAGCUUCCAAGAAAAAUACCCUCCAUUACACUCCAAUCAAGUGCCAGGACAUCUUCAAAGCCUUACCUGACCAACAGACUCACAUCAGAGCGGUCCUGACUAACGGAGUCGCUGGCAGUGGAAAAACCUUCUCAGUGCAGAAGUUCACUCUGGACUGGGCCGAGGGUUUGGAAAACCAAGAUGUCAGUCUGGUGAUCCCGCUCUCCUUCAGGGAGCUGAACCUGAUCAAAGGUGAGCAGUACAGUCUUCUCAGGCUGCUCCAUGUUUUCCAUCCAACCUUACAGAAGGUCACAGCAGAGCAGCUGCUCUGCUGUGCAGCUGUCUGUAAAGUGCUGCUCAUCUUUGACGGCCUGGAUGAAAGCAGACUUUCUCUGGACUUCAGAAACAAUGAGGUUGUGUCUGAUGUCUCACAGCAGUCCUCAGUCAACGUGCUGCUGACAAACCUCAUCAGGGGGAAGCUGCUUCCCUCGGCUCUCGUCUGGAUAACUUCCCGACCUGCAGCGGCCAAUCAGAUCCCUCCUGAGUGUGUGGACAAGGUAACAGAAGUACGAGGCUUCACAGACGCCCAGAAGGAGGAGUACUUCAGGAGGAGAUUCAUCAGUGAUGAAGACCUGUCCAGCAGAAUCAUCUCUCACAUCAAGAGCUCCAGGAGCCUCCACAUCAUGUGUCUGAUCCCAGUCUUCUGCUGGAUCACUGCUGCAGUUCUGGACCGCAUGUUGACUACAGACCAGAGAGGAGAGCUGCCCAAGACCCUCACUGACAUGUACUCACACUUCCUGCUGGUCCAGACCAAGAGGAAGAAGCAGAAGUAUGAAGAGGGACAUGAGACGAGUCCACAGCAGCUGACGGAGGCUGACAAGGAGCUUCUUCUGAAGCUGGGGAGGCUGGCGUUUGAACAUCUGGAGAAAGGAGACAUCAUGUUCUACCAAGAAGACCUGCAGCGCUGUGGUCUUGAUGUCACAGAGGCCUUGGUGCACUCAGGAGUUUGCACAGAGAUCUUCAGAAGAGAGAGUGUGAUCUUCCAGAAUAUAGUGUACUGCUUUGUUCAUCUGAGCGUCCAGGAGUUUCUGGCUGCAGUCUACAUGUUCCACUGUUACACCAACAGGAACACAGAGGUAGUGAAGGACUUCCUGCAGAGUGACUAUAACAACAGUGAUAGCAGUGAUCAGGAUUACCCAUCCCUGGAUGUCUUCCUAAAGGGAGCCAUGGAGAAAUCCCUCAAAAGUAAAAAUGGCCACUUGGACCUGUUUAUCCGCUUUCUCCACGGCCUCUCUCUGGAGUCCAACCAGAGACUCUUAGGAGGCCUGCUGGGUCGCACAGACAACCGUCCAGAAAUCAUCCAGAUAGCCAUCAACAACCUGAAGGAGAUGAGAAGUGAUGAAGUCCCUCCUGACAGGAGCCUCAACAUCUUCCACUGUCUGACAGAGAUGAACGACCACUCAGUUCAUCAGGAGAUCACAGAGUUCCUGAAGUCAGAGAACAGAUCAGAGAAGAGACUCUCUGUGACACGCUGCUCAGCUCACGCCUACAUGCUGCAGAUGUCAGAGGGACGACGGAGACUGACUCCAGCUGUGAACAGGGAGGCUGUAAUUCCUGACUGUGGAUUCUUAGACUGGGAAGUCGUGGCCUCAGCUCUGAAGUCCGACCCCUCCGAUCUGAGAGAGCUGGAGCUGAAAGACGAUCUGCAGGAUUCAGUGGUGGAGCUGCUGAGUUCUGGACUAAAGAGUCCAAACUGCAGACUGGAGACCCUGAGACUGAGGGAGUGCAGGUUGUCAGAGAUCAGCUGUUCUGCUCUGGCCUCAGCUCUGAAGUCCAACAUCCAUCUGAGAGAUCUGGACCUUGGUCACAACGAUCUGAAGGAUUCAGGAGUGAAGCUGCUCUGUGGUCUUCUAGAGAGUCCAGACUGCAGACUGGAGACUCUCAGUCUGAGGUACUGCAGUUUGUCAGAGAUCAGCUGUGCUGCUCUGGUCUCAGCUCUGAAGUCCAACCUCUCCCAUCUGAGAGAUCUGGACCUGAAUUACAACACUCUAAAGGAUUCAGGAGUGAAGCUGCUGAGAGAUCUUCUGGAGAGUCCAGACUGCAGACUGGAGACUCUCAGGAUCAAUGGCGAGACGAUCACAGCCAAGAUGCUGAAGAAAUGUGUGGAACAGGAUGUGGAGACAGACUGAGAGGUCCAAGACGGUUAACUGUUGACCCGUGUUCAUCUCAACAAGUGUCCAUCUCAACAAGUGUCCAUCUCAACAAGUGUCCAUCUCAACAAGUGUCCAUCUCAACAAGUGUGAAGGUUUUUGGUAGAGCGUUACUUUAUGACAGGGAAGUUAUUUAAUACUUAAGUUUCAUAUAAGCAUGCUUAUGAAUCUGUCAUCCCACCCAGAACAUACAAUAUGCAAUGCAGCCAACCAAUACUGUAAUGUAAAGUGUCUUUGAGCACUCGGAAAAGCGCUAUAUAAAAUAAAUGCAGGAUUACCUUAAUACUGGGAUGAGCGGAAGCAUGCAUGCAUCCAAAUCCAUUUUUCCCUCGUUUGUCACGCUUUGUUUCUGUUCACCCGGUUUGCAACUUUUUCUCAUGAGAAUCCAUUUUUUCUCUACAAACAGUUGCUAACUAGCAUGAAAUGGAGAAGCUAUUCGAUCGUAGCCAAGCUAGCGAAAGUAAAAAGUGCCAGGUUGGUCGUAGUAUCCUCCAAUUUAAAUGCUCCAAUUUAGCGAUUUUAAAUACAUUUUAAAGUAGAUGUCCGUAUUCAUGAGCAUGCACAUGAUUACAUAUUUUUAAUGACCUUAAGUUUAUUUUUUCUAUACUAUCCCACCAUGUAUCUACCCGUCCAAGAGCACAUUCGCCAUGUAGUGCUGGAUAGACCACCAGAACUGGCAACUCGGCAGUGAGUCAGUGUCGGAGGGGGAAGUUUAAAUAUCUUGUUUCUUGUAUAUUUUUGCAUCUUUUAUCAACUAUUAUUGUAUAUUAUUUGUAUUAUUUGUAGGCUAAUAGAGCGAACACGUUCUGUGUUUUAAUGGGUUAUAUGUAAAAGCCCUGCUUGUUUUGAAUGUUUUUAUGUUUAUGCACAUAAUCAUAUCUAUCACCCCUUUAUUUAGCCUACUGCCACGCGAGCCACCACCGGUUCGCUCAUCUCAGAGCCAAUGGGAUCUCUCCAUAGGAUUUUGGAAAAUAGCUGGAAAUAAGGUCUGUGGUUGAGACACAUUGAAGAGACGGAUCACGUUUUGUUCUACGACAUUAAAUCCAUCAGCAGUGACCCCACUGGUGAUUUCUGAAGAGUUUACGUGUCUGAAAAACGAUGGUUGUUACCAAGUGGCUGA